UAAUCCUGAAUCUCUCUCUAAAGCAUCUUGGUUCUCUCUCCACUCUCAUUUCAAAAUGUGUGAAUUCGUUCAAACUAUCAUAAGUUUCUGCGAAUCUGUGGUUAUGUGCUGUUCCGAAUGGGGAAUGUGGAAUCCCUGGAUUGGAUCGGUACCCAAUUUAGAGGAAUUAAACUACAAUGUUAUUGGCCCGGUUACAGACUGUACGUUGAACAAGGUUUACCGUUGUGUUAAAGCUGAUGUCGAUCAAUCGAUGGUAUUCAUCAAGGAGAUUUUCAUGCCUGACGGAUAUAAUACAGCUGUUCAGACAUCGAUAAGUGCUAAAACGAGUUUUUUUCGAUUCCACGGUCAUCCAAACAUUAUAAGGGAGCUGCGUUCAUUCAGGAGGGGGAAUUACAUGUAUAUUGUUUAUGAGUAUUUUUCCGUUGAUCUUUCCAAUUUCAUUUCGUUUCCAAAGAUCCAGAGAGAUCCGCAGACAAGAUUGAUUCUUCAGCAGAUACUCUCUGCCGUAAAACAUUGUCAUUCUUAUGACAUUAUCCUCGGGGAUAUAAAACCAAAGUACAUACAAAUUAAUUUCACUGCUCGUUUAAUCAAGCUAGCUGACUUCGGUUUCGCCGGCGCAUAUGGAGAUCCCUGGGCAUCUUAUCCUAUAAAACCCUCCCAAUACAGUGCUCCUGAACUCCUGUUUAGAACUCGUCAACAUUCAAAGGCAGCUGAUAUGUGGUCUGUCGGCUGUAUAUUUGGAGAGCUGGUAAUUGGGAAACCUGUAUUCCAGGGCACAACUACAAGGGAACAAUUGGUGUCAAUUUUUCGUUUGUUAGGCACGCCAACUGAGGAAUCCUGGCCAGGAGUGAGCAGGAAGUGUAGAACAAUUUCAUGCUUUCCCAAAUAUCAACCACAGAACCUGGCAGAAAAUUUCCCUGGUUUGGAACCAGCGGGCAUUGAUCUUCUUUCCAAAAUGCUUUGCCUGGAUCCAAGAGAAAGAAUUUCGGCUGAAGAUGCUCUUGAGCACGGAUACUUCAAUUUUAACCAGAACUGAUUCCUUGCAAUUUUAAUUUCAAGUUGUCAUCAGAUAUUUCUAUGACUGGGGGCAUGCCCUUCAUGUUGUAGCAUAGUUCAAAAUUUAGUA